AUGAGUCGUCGAGAUGAAAAAAAUUCUGAUAAUGGUUUUGAAGCAUGGGGUGGUUAUAUGCAAGCUAAAAUCUCAAAACUGGAAGAGCAAUUUUCCUCCAAAGCUUCAAAAGAAAAUCAUGUUUCGGAUAUAUUUAAGGGUAUUAGUAUCUUUGUCAAUGGUUACACAGUACCUACAGCUGAUGAACUAAAAGAUUUAAUGGCUCAACAUGGUGGUGUUUAUCAUACAUAUCAACGACAUGAAGACAUUGUUAUUGCUUCAAAUUUACCAGAUACAAAAGUAAAGAAUAUGUCCCUAACAAAUAUUGUAAAACCUGAAUGGAUAACUGAGAGCAUAGCAUCUAAUCAGCUGCUGGAUUAUAAAGAUUUUUUACUUUAUUCUAACAAACAUUCCCAGCCUAAGUUAAAAUUUCAAAAAAUGAGCAUUGAUAAAAAAAAUAAGAAAGAAUUAUCAACUGAUAGUUGGGUUGAACCAAUUAAUAAUGUAGAUAUUGAAAGACCUCUUCUAGAUUCUAGUUAUGUUAUUGUGGAUUCUACAAAUUCUUUGAAAGAUAUUAAAAAUACAGACACUAAAACGGCUGUGGAUCCAAAUUUUAUAUCUGAAUUCUAUAGUAAUUCAAGGUUACACCAUAUAUCUCAACUUGGUGCAUGUUUUAAGCAAUACAUCAAUGAUUUGAGGGAAAAAAGCAAUUUUAUAUUUGCUGCACAUAUAAAUUUAAGAGAUAGAAUAAAAUCAUAUAAUCAACAUAGCAGUUUUUUCAUGAAUUUUGAAUAUAAUAAAAUAAUUAUGCACAUUGAUAUGGAUUGUUUUUUUGUAUCUGUUGGUUUGAGGAAACAUCCUGAAUUAAAAGGCAAACCUGUAGCUGUUACUCACUCAAAAGGUGGCCUAAGUCAAAGAAAGAGAUCAGGAGUUAAUAGAUCUGUAGAGUUUGAGCUCUAUAGGCAAAAACAAGCUGGAAAACUGAUAAAAGCUGGUGUUGCUAUUAAUGAUAUUGAAAUUUCUACACGAAUAGAUAAUAUUGGUGAUGAAGGUAACAAAUUUGGUUCAAUGAGUGAAAUAGCUUCGUGUUCUUACGAAGCAAGAGCAAAAGGCAUCUGUAAUGGAAUGUUCAUGGGAGCUGCUUUAAGACUGUGUCCAGAGUUGCAAACUAUCCCAUAUGACUUUGAAGGUUACAAAGAAGUAGCUUAUACACUUUAUAACACAAUUGCUCAAUAUACACUAGACAUUGAAGCUGUGUCAUGUGAUGAAAUGUAUGUGCAUUGUACAGAUCUCCUAAAAAAUCUUAAUGUCAGUCCUGAAGAUUUUGCAACAGUAAUAAGAGAGGAGAUUAGAGAAAAAACUGGAUGUCCAUGUUCUACAGGUUUUGGAGGGAAUCGACUUCAGGCCAGAUUGGCAACGAAGCAGGCCAAACCAAAUGGUCAAUUCUUUUUAACUGCAAAUCUUAUUGAAGAUUUUAUGUUCGACAUCAAUCUCAAGGACUUACCAGGUGUUGGUAGACAAACAUCUCAAAAAUUAGAAUCACUGGGUCAUCAAACAUGUGGAUCACUACAAUCAUUAACUUUGGCAUCUUUACAACAACAUUUAGGUAAUAAGACUGGAGCACAGCUCUUUGAUCAGUGUCGAGGGCGUGAUCGAAACCCAUUGACAUACCAUACAGUCAGAAAGUCAGUUUCUGCUGAAGUCAACUAUGGUAUCCGUUUUGAAACAAAUGAUCAAUGCUUUCAUUUUCUGAAUCAGCUUUCAGUAGAAGUUCAGUCCAGAAUGCAACAGUUUAAAGUAAAAGGAAAGUGCAUUACAUUAAAAUUAAUGGUGAGAGCAGAAGAAGCACCAGUUGAAACAGCAAAGUUUUUAGGACAUGGUUUUUGUGAUGUCAUAAAUAAGUCUGUUUCAUUGCUUGAAGCAACUAAUGACUCUCAAAUAAUACUUCAAGAAGUAAUAUCACUUUGCAAAAAGCUCAAUAUAGAUCCAAAAGAAAUGCGAGGUAUUGGAAUACAAGUAACAAAACUAGAACAAUUAAAUGACAAACUACAAAAAUCUAAAGGUGCCAUAAGUAAAUUUUUAAGCAAUGUAACAAAAGAUGAAAGACAAGAUAAACCUAAUUUGUGUAUGAAAAAUGAACCAGUUUCCCCUAAAAGGCCCCUGUUGUCACCUAGAAAAAAAUCACCUAUACUUGGACCUAGUAGAUCACCUAGUAAACGAAGAGGAAGACCACCAAAAAACUCAAAAUUGAGUACAUCUAAAAAUCUUAUGGACAAGUUCUUGCAGUGUCCAGCAAUUAAAAAUGAAUUUAAAAGUCCAAUCAAGAAUAAGUUUAAAGAUGUUGAGGAACCAAAGAAGAAUAUUGAAAAUAUAGAAACAAAAAGAAUAGUUAAAUCUGGAUUACUGGGGUUAUCAUGGAAACAAGUCCGUGAAUUACUUAGGGCUUGGUUUGAUAGUGGACAGCCACCAAAGCAGUGUGAUGUAAAUAUGAUCAUUUCAUAUAUGGAAGAUAUGAUCUGCAAUAAAAAUAUAGAUAAGUUAUAUAUUUUAAUAAACUUUUUUAGAAGAAGAAUACAAGAGAUUAAUAAUGAAAUAUGGAAUGAAGUUCUAAAUUAUGUUUUAGAACAAGUUCAGAGUGCCAUGAUGGCUGUGUAUAAUAAAAGGUUAUAUUUUGAAGAUUGA